GACAAGGUGCUAGGGUGGGGGACGCGACGGGCUCAGUCGUACGCCGUCCGCUGUCGAUCACGCACGUGCGCAGCGCUCGUGAGUGUUUGUGAAUGGAAUGCUCGGAUACUGUGAAGUGUUUACACUGAGUGCGUGAAGAAUUAACUAAGCUGGAAAAGGAUCACGGAUUGUGGAGCAACAUGCUCACUUCAAGCAACCAGUAUUUGCGCCCGGAUUAUCUGUCGCCGCUGCCAACCACGCUCGACGCGAAAAAGAGCCCACUCGCGCUACUAGCGCAGACCUGCAGCGCUAUCGGCGCUGACACCCCAAACCCCAAACUGAUCUCCGCCGCUGAGAAAGCCAGCAAGAAAUACGAGGACAAAUCACCGGUCAUCCACGUGCCAGACAACAAACCCAGCUUCAAGCCUUACGAAUCGUGCCUAACUGCGAGAGAAAAGACUAGGACGCCCGAGGACAGAGCCUCGGUCAACGCCCACUCGAAGACUCCUUUGUCUUCGAAAGGAAGUGCCUCAACCACGCCAGUACAAGCGCGCUGUGGAAGCAACCAGAGUUCUUCAUCUCAAAGAACUCCCCCGCCCGCUCACCGUAAAACGCCAUCGGAAAAAUCAGACGAAAGAUCCAGCCCACUACAUGGCUCUCCAGCACCAUUGAAAUCAAAUUCAGACUCUGCUAGCAAUUCGUCCGCAUCAAAGUUACCAUUUACACCCACCUCACUAACGUCCAGUGCUGAAACCAAAGAAUCCAGCUUCAAGCCUAGUGUACCUGUUUCGUCAUCCGCUUUCUUGGGGGGUUUACCACCUACUGGAUUUCCACUGCCUAUGGAUUUAAUGACUAGCAGUUUAAUGGCAGCACAGCACCAUGCGUUGAAAAAUGGACUGAAUCCUUAUCUAGCGUAUGCAAGAAUGAAAGCGCCCAGUGACUUAGGAAUAUGCAGAGAUCCGUAUUGCACGGGCUGUUCUCUAAGCUCCCAUUUGCUCAAAUCCGCCGUAUGUCCAGCUGGGUGUGCGCAGUGUGAUCACGCUAAGACGCCAUUUCCACUGCCAACAAACCACCCAGCAGCCGCUGCGUAUGCUCAUGCUCAAUUAGCAGCUCUCGCUGCGGCAUCACAGCUUCCUUUCGUCUGCAGUUGGAUGGCUGGCGAUUCCGCAUACUGUGGCAAGCGAUUUGGUUCAUCCGAGGAAUUACUUCAGCAUUUACGAUCACAUACUGCUAGUGGCGAGUCGAGCCCGAGUCUUUCUAUGUUGAGUGCAACACAUCCACUGCUGCAGAGAACUUACCCAACUCCGCCUCUGUCUCCUCUGACGCCGAGGUUCCACCCUUACAGCAAGCCUUCACACCUGAUGUCCUCAUCACCGCUGCCGUUCCCGUUGCCCCCACAUCCUUCCCUGGCAGCGUAUUUCCCCUCGUAUCCCCUUUUUGGACCGCGGCCUCUCCACCCUUGAGGACCGUCGGCGCUCCACACACAAAAGAAGGGGGGCGCCGACCGCUAACGCCCAUGCCAAAAGGACUAUCGGAACUGGAGAUAGUGUAAAUAUAUUGUAGUGAUCUUCGGGUUUCUAGUCGGAUCAUAUCAACGACGUACGAAUGGAUGAGCCCCUAGGGGCGACGAGCUGUGAUCUCUAACUCAAUAUAAUGUUAAACGCACUGAUACUGUGAGAGUUCUCUCUAAGCUUGAACGAUCCGCUUGGAGUGCGGAUUAUUAUUUUCUAGUUAGAUUAACGAAAUUUUUAUGAACCAAAUCUAUAGAUUGUAAUUUAAAUAAU